CCGGACAAGGCGCAGGGCUCAGGGCCACAUGGUGACCAAGGGCGGCUCGGAACCCGCCGCGCUGAGGAAGAUGCUGAAGCCGCUGGCGGAGAAGCGCAGGCGGGAGCGGAUCAACCGGAGCCUGGAGGAGCUGCGGGUCCUGCUGCUGGACCGGACCCAGCACCAGACCCUGCAGAACCGGAAAGUGGAGAAGGCCGAGAUCCUGGAGCUGGCUGUGCGCUACCUGCGGGACUGGAGCGCCCCCGCCGGGCGGGGAGCCGAUCCGGCGGGGGAGGCCGACCCUCUGCAGCGCUGCUACCUGCUGGGCUUCCGGGAAUGCCUGCUGCGGCUCUCUGCCUUCGUCCGCGAUGCCCAGCCCUGUGCGCAGGGCCAGCUGCUCGACACCCUGCACCUCUACCUGGCCGCCAAGUGCCGCCAGGUGCCGCCGGAGCCCAGCCCGCCGGAGCCGGCCUGCAGGCUCCGGCCUGGCCUCCCUCCCCCGCCUGCCUGCCCGGUCUCCCCCAGCCCAUCCUCACCCGCGGGGCCACGCCACCGACCCUUUCGCCGCCCCGGGGCCCCGGAGACGCCUCAGAGACACACGGACGAGGCAGCGGCUUCGAAAGGGGAGCCCCCGCAGCCGGCCGUCUGGAGGCCGUGGCCUUAGGCCUCGCAACGCAGACACUGUACAGACCUCCUUGUAUAAGUACCGACCCCUCCCUUCAGGCCGUGUACAUAACGUAAAGUUUUAUCUAUAUUGCCCGCUCCUUGCCAAUCCUCUGGUCCCGCAGGUCCCGUUUCCUGGCCUGCGCCGGGAACACGUCUUUUCGGUGGAAAUGGGAGGGGGAGGAUUUUUUUCAUCCGCAACGUGAUUGCUGGUGAGAAUUGCAGAUUGGGUGGCACCGAAAGGGCUGGUGAAUCUGCGGCGGUUUGACCAAAUUCUUCGCUUCAGGGGUGGUGUGGAUUUGUGUGUGUGGGGGGGUGAAUUUGAAAGCGGCGAAAGGUUUCAUUUUGCCGUUCUUGAACUGAGAGGCGCUUUGAUUUGUCAGGGGAGUUCCGACUCCUUGUUUGGAAAUUCGCUUCCAUUUUAUUUAUUUUAUUUUUUUUGGAAAUAUCCCCCGUGUGCUUAUAUCGGGCUGAAAUGAAGAGUAGGGCAAAAUGUUCCAUUCUGACCUUUUCGAAAUGAGAUCUUUUGCUUCUUCAGCGAGAACUGACUUUCCAGUUGGAAAAUUUCCUUGGAUUUAACCCCCCCCCCCCACCCUUUUUAAAUGGGAAGCGGUGAAAUGGUCUUAUUUAAACCAGAGCAAAUUUGUUCGUGGACCCUAACCCGGCAGUUGAAACCUGGCUGGCAGCAAUUGGUGUGCACGCAACAGGGUAAACUCGACGUUUUUGCCCCGAUCAAGUCGAAGUAGACAAGAAGGACAGUGGGUGAACUGUGGAAGCAACUUUAGGCCUGGUCUACACUUAAACGUUAGGUCAACCCAGCCCUGGUACACUGGUGUAGACGCGGCUAGCUUGACGGAUGAAUUCUUCCAUAGAUCUAGCUACCACAGGAGGAAGUGUCUACACCGUGACACUACAAAGGCAUAGCAGUGGUUUGGUACCUGGGCCCCCAUGAUGUAGACAUGCCAAGGAGGCCUAGGUAGGCCCCGGAGUGCUUAUGUUCCCGUACUAGGCUAGGUGCCAGAGAAACAUGGAACAAAAAGAUGGUCCUGUUAAAAGCCCAUCGCUGAGAGCUAGCCACAUUUCACCGAGGUCACCUGCCCGGCCAUCCGAGUACUCCUAAAUUCACAGGCUAAGACUUGCAAAAGUAAGUCGUGAUCGCAGCUAACCGACCUUAACAGAACCAGAUAUUUUAGAAGGCACUUUCUGAUCCCGAGGCUCUUUGGGUGGUGAAUCCAGGUGGGACACUGGAAACUCGAACCGAAGAUGCCAAAAAUCACUAAUCUCAAGCCGGGAUUUUAAGGUGGUUUUGUCUGGCGCGGUUUCAAUUUACGGAUUUUUCUGUUGGCUGGCCAAACUCAAAAAUUGGGGCAAAUAAUAAUCGUGCCCUGCCCGCCAACUGAUUUAAAAAAAACCCAACGUUCAGCAAACGGAAAGCAGAAAUAAACCAACCCCCCCAAAUUGGUUCAACUUUUCGUUCGAACUUGGUUCAUUUCGGAGCUUUAAAAAAACCCUUUAUAACUGAAUAAAGUAGACGUGACAUGCGAAAUGAAAAGUGGCUUUGAAUGGAAAUGUUUUGUUUUGACUCCCGUCGCAAUGAAACGUUUUGAAUCCCCACCCCCCCUCACCCCCCCCGCAACUGAAACAAUUCACUGAAUUCGACACAAAUUUGCCAAAAAGUUUCGGUUGACCCUGAGCUGUAUUUUUCUGGUGGAAAAGCGUGUCCCCCAAAGAAUUUCGCCGAGCCCGAAUUCGGAUUAGCUCGAUCUAUUGCCCGCUUGACGCCUGCCAAAGAAUUCCAGCCCCCAACGUCCACCAAAAACCACCUUUAGCCACCCUGAAAGCUAAGCAAUGAGUGCUGGACGGUCUUGAUUUCUGUAGGGAUCGCGAUUAUUAUUAUUUUUUUUUUGUUACAGGUAAGUAGCAGAAAUAAGAUUUGAAAUCUGGCUCUGGGGGGAUUUGAAUCCACCACCUUUGAAUGGCUGUACUCUAGAAGUCGAAUAUGCAGUCAGGUGCAUCACAGAGCCAGCUACACAGGUAUUAAAGUUUUCUUUUAAUGGAUAACGGCCUCUGGUGUCUGCAGUGGUGUUUCAUAGCAGACUCUAUUAAAAGCUCUGUGUUUUAUAAACUAUAAUCUUGAAUUCCAACCGGGUAAACCGCUCGCAAGUUGGGUGUUCUGGUGCGGGAUGCCGAAGCAGGAAGGAAACGGUCAUGUUCCUAGAGAAGAGGACUAUUUCCCCCAAAUAUUCUCCCAUCCCUGCACAAAGGGAACGGUGUGUAGGGGUAUUUUUGUGGCUGAUGUCCACUUGUAAUGUGCAUGGAGGUAUGUGGUAGCCAGAAUUUCUGUUUUGUUAGAAAUGUUGCAAUUUCGGGGGGCUGGGGGGGGGGAAUUCAUUCCAAAUCAGAACACCGACACCAAAUGGAAAUUCCCCAUAAAAGGAAAUGUUCCGGGAAAAAUAAAACCCUUUUGGCCCCAUUCUGGUUUCCCUGCUUAUGAUAUAGCCCUGGAAAUGAACUUUAAAGUAGAAGUGCGUUUUGAAACGCAGAGUUGCUUCAAAAUGAAAAAUCAAAACGUUUCCAGGCGGAUGGCUAGUGAGCCGCUUCCUUUUGAUUGUUUUGCCCACGCAAAAGGUCACUGAACUGGACAAGUUCCCAUGAAAUGUUAGCUUUUCAUGAGCUGGCCAAUUUUCCAGUGGCAAACUGGUAGGUUGAAUUUUUUCCGACUGGCUUUCUAUGUGUCUGUGUCUUUUGGGUGUGUCUCUGUAUCGCUGUGUCUUUAUCUCUCUAUAUUUGUGUGUGUGUUUGUGUGUGUGUGUGUGUGUGCUUUCAACCCGCUCCCAGCCCAGUGCGGGAAAACAUUGCUGUACGUGGAAAGCACAUCCCACCGCUGACACCAGCAGAGCUGAGUAUCUUGUUGCCCAUCUGACUUUUGCACCGGCUUCCAAGCUUUGUUGGGCUCCUGCUUCACCCGUCAGCUCUGUCCAGUGAGUCCAGCUGAGAUCAACUCCUGAUCAAAGGCGUUUCAUGGACUGCAGUGGGUAUCUGCAGUGAUGCCCGGCUGUACGGAGUUGGGUUUAUUAGUCAGCUGGAAUCGGGAAGUCCUUAGGUUAAGACAGGCUUAAGACAUCAUCAGCCAAGCUGCCUUGGGCUGUCUCUUCAUCAGUCCCAGAUGAGAGCCAGAUCUUAUCCCCCCUCCUCUCCCCUCUUGGCCCACCACUGUCCCUUCACCACUGAGCUCACGUGACCAAGUUUCCCAUCCUUAGAUGUUAAUUGAUCCGUACUUGGGAUGCCCAUUGUCUGUGCGGAUCCUCCACUGAUCAGUUACGGCCCCAUUUAUUCACUCCAGCCAGUUCCAAGACCCUAACACCUCAUGUCUCCUGGAAGAGCAGGUUUCACCCCAUGGGUAGCCAGCCGUAGGUCUGGUCUACACUACAAAAUUAGGUGGUGUAACUACGUUGCUCGGGGGUGUGAAAAAAGUGACUCCCCCCCACGAGUGGUGCAGUUCAGCUGACCUAAAUCCCCAUGUAGACAGCGAUAGGAAAUCUUCCCUUGACGUAGCGAGUUGGAUUACCUAGUGUUUUAAGUGUAGACAACCCUUCAUCAAGUAAGUCCCUGAUGGGCCUAGCAUUCACAAACAUCCGACAGAAAAAUCCCCCUUCAGGGCGAGGAGGAUCCCCGAGCUUUUGGAGGCUGGACUGGGUGAAA